AUGAAUAAAUUAGUAUUUCUCAUCAUAACUAGUAGCAGUAUUUUAUUACAAUAUGGUUCAUUUACGAGUGCAAUCAGUUGCUAUCAGUGUGAUGUUGAUACUCCGAACUGCGGCGAGCCCUUUGUAUCAAACGGGGCGGGUGUGACCACAUGUCAGGGGGCCUACUGUGUCAGUAGUGUAUCUGUUAGCGCCAAAGGUUCAACCGGCUUACGAACGUGUAGUAAUGGAUAUGAAAAGGCCCUAGGAUGUAUCGAAACCCAGCACGGUGACAUCAAGAUCAUGGGCUGCGUUUGCGAUACAAAUUUCUGCAAUGGUUACGAAUAUAGCCAGGGAAGUAACGCGGGUAAGCUGAGUUGUUAUAGCUGCGUGGCUGAUCAGUGUAAACUUCCUGAUGUCCAGAAGCCAGCCUGCAGUGGCACAACAUGCUUCCACACGUCAUCCACUCUCUCAAGUCAGGCAGAAGUAUUUGGAUGUAGUGACCAAAAAUACGCGACAACUUGUGUCAACGAUGACCCAACUACAAAAACCUGCUACUGCAGUGCCGAUUGGUGCAACACUGACUCAUACACUCUAGCUACUUCUUCGACGACCACUACUACUACAAAAUCGCCUGUAAAGCCAUUAGUGACCUGUUUCGAAUGUGGCGGAUUGAACUGCCAAGGAUCUGCCAUCACGAUCCCGCAGUGCAUAGGGACAUCGUGCGUGGAAGUUAAUUCCGUUCAUGAUCAAGGCUCGUCCCUAACACAAAGGUCAUGCUCCCAUGAUGUGCUGCCGACAAUGUGUCGAAUUGUGGAGUUUAAAGGUUCGUACGCCACCUACUGUUCCUGUUCCUCCAACUAUUGCAACUUCAACUUUAAGAUAGGACCCUACCUGAUGCUGUCUAACUCAAGUGUGAAAUGUUACCAAUGUCUUGGUGUACAAUGCAGCCAGCCUGUGAGCAACUUAACAACCUGCCAAGGAACUACUUGCGUUCAAGUUAAGUCUUCAGAUCCUCUGUUGAGAAUUGGCACGUGCACCGACCUACUUGUGGUUUCAGGCUGUCUACCAACAACCGACCCAUCGAUCACUACCCAGUCUUGUUACUGCAGGAGAGACUAUUGCAACAUGUCGCCGGCUGUUGUAACAAAAGAUCUGCCGAUGCUCAUACGUAAGAGUGUGCAACAUUGUUGUACAGAGAUUGAAGGAAGCACUGAGAAGAUAGCCCAGCCAAAAAAUUAUCAAACCAGAUUUAGAAUAAUUUCGCUAACUCAACUGCUACUAAUGACGAAGUUGGAAGAAAAGACGGGCGUCAGUAGAACGUUGGAAAUGUUAAUGCGAGAACUCGAGUCGGUGCAACCAGAGGAUCCAAUUUUCUACGCAUGUCACUUCUUUGAGUCUUACAUAGAUGGUAGCAACUCCAACAUCAAUUACAUCAUCAAUAGCAGCACAGCCAGCAACAACAACAACAACAACACUAACAUUGACAUCAACAGUAGCAGUAAUCAUACCAGUUGCAACAACAAGAGUAACAACGAUGCCAGCAGGAUAGCUGAGUCAAUAAGGAUUAUGAAAUACGCGAAAUAUCAUGAUAGCUACGAUUUUGAGAGAGCCAUCUGUCGAGUGUUUGACAUCUUAGCUGGAAAUAAAGAAUCUAACCAGUUGAACUGCAUUAAUGGAAAACUGCUCGACGAGUUCAUGAAAUCGUUGACAAAGUCAUUGCUAGACAAGGUUUUAGAAGAUAAACUAGCUAAGAAGAUAAAAUUCAGGCACGGCGAUGCUGUAACACUCGCUCAGUUUAAACAAGCUCUCAACUUAUGUUUCUCCCUACAAGAAAUUGCAAAAACGGCCAGAAAAAUGUUUCUAGAAGUUUUAUCCGGCUAUAAUAAUAAUAAUAACAACAACAACACAAUUCAUAAUAAAAACAACAACACUGACAACAACAGCAACAACAACAUAAGCAGCAGCAGUAGUAGUAGUAGUACUGCUAGUUGUAGCAAACCUAGCACAACAACUACGCCGAUGAUGGCAGAUGCAAGAUUGAGCAACGUCGUUGUACAGAGAUUGGAGGAAGCAUUGAAGAUAGCCCAGCAAAAAAAUUCUCCGUCCGGCAACUCGUUGAGUUGCAGUGUCAGAAAUAAAGACUUCGCACCCAAUGAAAACUAUUUGAAUAACAUACUUGAAUCACUGAGGUACUUAUCAGCUGAGCAGAUGGGUGCCGCACUACAUAAGGCAUACUUGAAAAGUGUUAACAACAGUGGUCGAAUGAGCUGCGGAGAAUUUGUUGACAAAAUAGUCGGAGUGUUUUUUGAGUUCCAAAUAUAUCCAGAGAUGAUGAAGGCCAUGUUACUCAUCUCUUUCUUUGGGGCAAUGCUGGUUGUGGAGUGCUACCACUACGGUAGAUGA